UUUGGUUUCUACCGCCGUGAAGGUUUCCAAUCCGCGGGAGUGUGAAGAAGCAGGGAACAUCGUCAAUCUCGGAAAUGUCGUUGAUACAACGAUAUGGGCGCAGCAAGAGCGUGGUGAAGCGGUCGAAGAAGUACUUGGACGAAGCACUGUACCAAAAGCUCUUCAAAGAUGGUUCCCAACUCAGCGUUCGUCAGAAUCUCAACAGCUUCAUCAAGAGCGGAAAGCGCGUUUACAAAUGGGAGGUUGGUGAUACGCUCAAGAAGCUUCGCCAACGCAAGCUUUAUCAACCCGCUCUUAAGCUGUCAGAAAUCAUGGCUAAGAGGAACAUGAACAAGACUAUCAGUGAUCACGCUAUACAUCUUGAUCUACUUGCUAAAGCUCGAGGUAUUGCUGCUGCUGAAAAUUAUUUUGUUGAUCUCACCGAAUCUGCUAAGAAUCAUCUAUGUUAUGGUGCCCUUUUAAACUGUUACUGCAAGGAAUUGAUGACUGAAAAGGCGGAAGGUCUUGUGGAAAAGAUGAAGGAGCUUAGCCUUCCUUUAAGUUCCAUCCCUUACAACAGUCUUAUGACUCUAUAUACAAAAGUAGGGCAGCCAGAAAAGAUUCCAACCAUCAUACAAGAAAUGAAGGCUGGUAAUAUCGCGUUGGAUGCUUACACUUAUAAUGUAUGGAUGAGAGGUCUUGCUGCUGUUAAUGAUAUUUCAGGUGUUGAAAGGGUUCAUGAUGAGAUGAAGAGGGAUGGUCGAGUCACCGGAGAUUGGACAACAUUUAGUAACUUAGCAUCUAUUUUUGUAGAUGCUGGUUUGGUUGAUAAGGCAGAAGUUGCUCUUAAGGAAUUGGAGAAGAGAAAUGCUUUCAAAGAUCUUUCUGCUUACCAGUUUCUAAUUACAUUGUGUGGGCGAACAGGUAGCUUAUAUGAGGUUUAUAGGGUCUGGCGUUCUCUUAGGCUGGCAUUUCCUAAAACUGCAAAUAUAAGCUAUCUGAAUAUGAUUCAAGUAUUGGUUAAAUUGAAGGAUCUCCCAGGAGCAGAAAAGUGUUUCCGGGAGUGGGAAUCUGGCUGCCCCACUUAUGAUAUUCGAAUUGCAAAUGUUCUGAUAGGUGCAUACGCUAAAUUAGAUAUGCUACAGAAAGCUGAAGAUCUCAAGGAGCGUGCUCGGAGGAGAGGGGCCAAGCCUAAUGCAAAAACAUGGGAAAUCUUCUUGGAUUACCAUUUGCAAAAAGGAGACUUGAAGUUGGCAGUGGAUUGUUUAGACAAAGCAAUAUCAAUCGGUAGAGGGGAUGGUGAGAAAUGGGUUCCAUCAUCUGAGAUCAUUGGUAACAUGAUGAGGCAUUUUGAGCAAGAGAAGGAUGUCAAUGGUGCAGAAGAAUUUCUAGAGGUUUUGAAGAAAUCUGUGGAUUCUCUAGGGGCAAAGGUGUUUGAAUCCUUGAUCAGAACUUAUGCAGCUGCUGGCAGGACCAGUUCAGCUAUGCAACGGCGAUUGAAGAUGGAGAAUGUAGAUGUGAGUGAAGACACCCAGAAGUUGCUUGAAGCAAUUUCUGUGGAGUAACUCACAAUACUUUCGUUCUUCAAGUUUUAAUUGUUGUAAAUUGAGAUGCCGUGGCUUUCUUACAGAUUAUGCUCUGGUGAGAAAAUUUGGCAUUUCAAUUUAAACAUCAUGAAGGGGCGCAUGCUGU